GGCUGUUGUUUUUCAGACAGCACUGCGGUAUCUUCACAGGACGUGGAGGGUUUCAGCCACCCAAAUCUUUUCAAAUGGGCCCCGUCGCCUAGCGUUUCCUCCCCAAAGCCUCCGACUGAGUUGCGCCGGGUGCUGUAACAACAUCAGCGCGAAGAGAGAGAAGGUUACCAUCUAAGGACCGGUUUAGACGUCUGGAGCAUGGCAGCAAUCCCAGCUAGCGGUUCUCUUGUAGCCACCCAUGACUACUACCGAAGGCGCCUGGGCUCUACCUCAAGUAGCAGCUCAUGUGGCAGUUCGGAGUACAGUGGGGAGGUUAUUCCACAUCACCCAGGCCUGCCCAAGCAAGACUCCGGUCACUGGUGGUCCAGUUUCUUCUUUGGGAAGCACAACCAGCCAGGCAUGGGCACCCUGACCGAAGAGGCACAGCAGAAGUCAGGGAUGAGUGUCAGUGAUGGACAGGUAAUGUGCAUUGCCCGGGAUAUGGUGAUGAAGAGGCAGGCCAGUGAGAGCAGCGAUGCUGGGAAGUCGGAGGCAGGGAGCUCUCCCCCUUCUUGAGUCCAGUGUAGGGGACCAACGCUAGGGGACGGAAAUGGCUCUUUCUUUUUUUUUUUUUUCCCCAUCUGUAGAAUAGGCUGCUUUUAGCAUCUGUUCCUUUUGUAUCCACCAUUUUAUAUGUUUUAACUUGAAAUAAAAUUGAAAGUGAA